AUGGGAGAUGGUUGCGAGUGUGGCGCGAAGGAGGGAGAGGCCAACGCAUUGGCCGACACCGCCGAUGUCAUCGAGAGGAAUGAGUACCGCGGUGGUGCCGGUGGCGUGUGCUGCCGUUCCUGCGGUGCCACCUGCUGCGUGAUACAGGGGCCAAGCCGGCCAGGUGGUGCUUCCCCAAGUCCUCCUCGGGUCGGUCCUGCCCGGUCUUCCUUCCUCCUACUUUUCCCCAACACAAACAAAAGAAAAAUGGAGUUAGCCAUGGCCGCCGCCUACACCUCGCGCCUGGGCCUGUCCCCCGCCGCGCACCCGUACGACGACGCAUCCGUGGCCUGCGCCCUCGGCCAGCUCUACUCCACCAAGGAUCCGUUCGCCCUGCCGGUCAGCUGCCUCCUCCCGCCUCCCGAGCUGCCGCCGGCCUUCGGGUUGCCCGUCGGCGGCCUCGCCCCCGUCUGCUGCUGCGCCAAAGCCGCGGCGGCGCCCGCGUUCCCGCCCUUUCCAUGGGCGCACGUGCCCUCGCCGCCAGCGCCGCCGCGCUGCGCCAUCACGGAGAUCGACGAGUCCCGGGAGGUGGAGUCGGAGGACAACCUCUCCCCUCGCUCCGUCCUCACGCCCUGGAGGAGGCCGACGCCCGCCUCGGCGCUGUCUCCGCCUCCGCCUCUUGUGGUCGGGGGAAAACGGGCCUUCGACCCAAGCAGCGAGAAGACUUCUCUGAUGAUCUGCAAUAUCCCCAACGGAUUCGUGAAGCGGAGGUUCAUGGCGAUUCUGGACCAGCAUUGCGUCCAGGAGAACGACAAUCCUGAAUGGCGUGUCGUUGGUGGUGGCAAGUUCGUGAGGUCGGAGUAUGACUUCCUCUACAUCCCAAUAGACUUCAGGACGAAGUACAACAAAGGCUAUGCGUUCGUCAACAUGACGACGGCGACCGCGGCACGGCGGCUCCACGCGUUUCUGCACGGGCACCGCUGGGCCCUGGCAGGCUCUCGGAAGGUGUGUGAGGUCGUGCAUGCGGACAUACAGGGGGUGGAUGCUUUGUCAGCUCACUUCUCCUGCUCCAAGUUCCCCUGCGGUAACAAGGAGUUCCUGCCGGUGCGCUUCGGCCCGCCACGGGAUGGCCUCCGGCCGACGGUGGAGCGUGUGAUUGGCCGCACGCUGGUCCACCGCCCCAGUGACCAAUCCGCCCGCCCCACGCCGCAUGCUGCACAAAGAGGAGGCAAAUCGAAACCUGCUGCAGUGGGGAACAAAACUGUUUGAGCUGGUGGCUACUGGCUAGUGAUGUCUUUGCUUCGUCGCGAGGAUGGAGGCCUACUCACCUUAGGGUAGGUGCUUAGUGUGCUUGGUUACCCGAGAUGUUGUGAUCAAGUUAGAUGGUUCUUUUGUGGGUGCAUGAGUAUCUUCUAGUAUCUGUAUCCUAGCUUGGAGAUGUUGGUUUCAUUUGCCUUCCCUAGGUAGCAGCCAUCCGAUUUCCUUUUAGUUGUCACUAACUGUACUCAUCUGCCCAGAACUUUGUUAGAUUGGUGUCUGCAUCUGUUCGUAUGUUAUCGGCCCGUGUAUGUGGUUAAAGAUUUGGCAUCCCGUUGCAA